CACGGGAGAAAGCGCCACAGUUCCAGCGUUAAGCUCCCACUUUGGUCUUCCUCAGACUUGAGAAGCACUCUUGGUGGUCUCAAGUCGGCGGGUGGACACUGUCUCUCCAGUUCCUCACCUUGCCACAUCACUCCUCGGGUCGUCACGCGACAGACAAGAAAUCAGAAGCUCAGACUGCGAAUGUCCAGACAAAAGACUUGGUCGAGACUGUUAAUUAAAAAUGCAUUUGCAUAAGCUAAAACAAUCGCUUUUGUCGAGAUAAGAGGAGAAGUCAUCCACGGGAAGCUCACCAAGGGACUCCAUCCACCCGGAAGCCAGCAGUGGGCGCAGAGUUCUGUGUGAAAAUAAAGUGUUUGACACUCAUUGAGAGCGGAGGAGAGACAAAAGUAAACAUUUUAGAAGAAGUGCCACGGUGGGAAAGUGAGCCAGAACGGUGUGAGUGGCAAAAACGGGGACGUGAAUGGGAAAAGCUCGUUGCGAUUAACUUUGUGGCGGAAGUGGCUUGAAAGUCCUGUCGGAAGUGGGCAAAAGACACCCAGUUGGAGUAUCGCGAGUGAGGUGGAAAAUAAUUUCACCAAAUGGAAUAUUAUUAUUUGUACUCUACAAGUCCAUUUACUCUAUUUGUGCGGCAUCAGCACGAGGGGGUGUAAAAAUACCCCUGACGAGGGCAGGGUGAAGAGGAGAAAAAAUCUUUAUUACGAUGGAAAAUAGAGUUUCGUGACAGUUGGUAAUAAACAGAAUGCUGAAGUGAGAAUUACCCCGAGAGCCCCUUUUGCCGAAGCACCAAAUUCCGCAUGUGAAAGUGGAAGUGAGACAAGAAAUCAAAAGAGAACGCCAAGAGAAGAAAUUGCUGUGCUUUGGUGUAUCGAAUGAAUUGUGGGCAGAGUUGGAAGGAGAUAAUGUAGGAAAUUAAAUAGAUAUAGGAUUUCACACUGUUUGUCAGGUUGUUUAUCUUGCCUAAAAGAUUCUAAAGAGAGAGAGAGAGGAACUUUGGACGACCACCCUGCCCCCACAUGUGUCCCACUGUGCGAAUUGUGCGAGGGAUUGAGCAUCAGACCACCCAAUACAAUCAUCAUCCACCCCCUCAUCGAAGGGUGACUACCUAAGUUUGAGCAUCAAGCUAACGACUAAAUACGGAGCAAGAGUGAAAUACUUUCCGCUAUGAGAGGGCUGAGUGAAAUAUUUUUUGCACAAACUCUUUUUCUACUUAAUGGAAUUUUUAUGGCCACAAUACACGGAGACGAAGAUUUGCCCAAAUUUGGCGAACCCAUACAGAAUGUGACCAUUCCCAUUGGCCGGGAGGCGACGCUGAGCUGCACGAUAGACAAUUUACAGACAUACAAGAUUGCGUGGCUGCGUGUGGACACGCAAACAAUCCUCACGAUCCAGAAUCAUGUUAUUACGAAGAACCAUCGAAUGAGCAUCACGCACGCCGAGAAGAGAUCAUGGGUGCUCAAGAUUCGUGAUGUUAAGGAGUCAGAUAAGGGAUGGUACAUGUGUCAAAUAAACACGGAUCCCAUGAAGAAUCAAGUUGGAUACUUGGACGUUGUCGUUCCGCCGGAUAUUUUGGAUUAUCCCACGAGCACGGAUAUGGUGGUGAGGGAAGGCAGCAACGUGACACUGAAAUGUGCGGCCACCGGAUCCCCGACACCAACAAUUACCUGGCGCCGAGAGGGCGGAGAGCCCAUUUCUCUGGCCGGUGGCAGGGAAGUGACCAGCUUCAAUGGGUCUGUGCUCACAAUUCCACGGGUGAAUCGCCUCAACAUGGGAGCUUAUCUCUGUAUAGCAUCGAAUGGAAUUCCACCAACAAUUAGCAAAAGAGUCAUGCUCAUCGUUCACUUUCCGCCCAUGAUUUGGAUUCAGAAUCAACUUGUGGGAGCUGCACUUGGUCAAUCAAUAACGCUCGACUGUCAGUCAGAAGCUUUUCCCAAAUCCAUCAACUACUGGAUGCUCAAUGAUACAAUCAUCACCCCAGGGGAGCGUCACGAGCCCACGACGUACGAGAACACCUAUAGAGUUGUGAUGCGACUCACGAUAAAGAGGGUGGAAAAUGCAGACUUUGGAUCCUACAAGUGUGUUGCGAAGAAUUCACUUGGAGACACCGAUGGAGCCAUCAAAUUAUACCAUAUUCCGCAUUCGACAUUAUUGACUACAUAUCUUCCAACGACUGCAGUUGAGACGACCCCAUUGAUAAUUCAGCAGCAGAAGGAGAAUCCCGAAGAUCGAGGAACGUACUACAAAUCAACGGCCGGAGCUUAUUCUGUGGCAGUGAAUAAAAUUCUAAUCGGAACAACAUCCGGCUCCUGGAACUCGGAUGGCCGGGAAAGAGACCAUCGCCAUCGGUUCGACAGUGUGGCGAGCACGGAAGUGCAGCGGGACGUGGAUCUGCUCACGAAGGAGCAAUACGAAGCCUCAUCGAAGGCGUCAAGAGCUCCUCAGCCGCAAGUGCAUUGGACCUUCGUGGUACUUCUCAUUGCAUUCAGUGGCAUCCGAUUGCAGACGAUACAAGAAGCCAAUGGCUUUAUGAUGGACAAUUGAAAUGAGAUUGGAGGCAACAUAAUUAAUUCUUUGCACACGAGUUCAAUUGAAAAUUGCGCCAUACUCUUCAUUCGCCGAUAAAUCCCGGAUUAUUUCCACCUCCUCGACAGUACUGGCGCGCAAGAAGUUUGGGUCUAAUCAUCGAAAGCGAAUUAAGAGUCGUAAGACGAUGGGAAGGAUGAAAAGCUCAGACGAAAUGUGGGGAGAAUUAAUCAUUUUUCAAUUGAUCUCUGAGUGCAUUUCGUUGCUUCGCGUUAUUCAAUUAAUCUUCCUAUUUGAGGAUAAAGUAAGGGAGUUCAAUUAGGAUCUCAUAAUUGAUUUCUAUUCCCACAAUCACACAGUAUUUCUUUCCAGUUAACCAUGUUAAUACGUAUAGAUUGGCCAAAAUUGAUUUCGAUGCUACAUAUAAUCAUAAACUACAUAUUUGUCAUCGCAAUUAAAUCUUUAUUUGCUCUUGUUUGGUGUAAAAAAAUAUCUCAUUUAAUUUUAUUUGACGAUGCACCCAAUUUAACAAAAAAAAAUAAAACAUCAUAGCGAGAAAGGAGAUAAAAAUCAAUGUUUUUUGCUGCGGUCACCAAUACAAAAAAAUUGUUAUUUAUCAAUGGAGCAAUUUAUAUGUAAAUGCAUUCGUAUUUAAUUGUGAGGAAGUAAUAGAAAAAAACAAAAAUCAGAUUAAACAUAUAGCACAGAUAAAAAAAUGAUAGAGUCACAUCUAUAAUUAGUUGCUCAAAUAAAUGAAAAAAAACAGUGGAUAUCUAAAUCUAAAUAUAAUUUGAAAAUUUUUGUGAAAUGCUUUAUCCGCUUUAACAUUGGAAAACAUGUUAAUUUUAUAAAUUCAUUUUAUAUUCAUCCCAAAAUAUUUAUCCUCAAAUACAGAUUAUAUGAUAUACGUAAAUAAAUAAAAAGUGAAAACGUUAAAGAGCUUUUCCCCCCUAAAGUAAACCAAUUGAAAGCCAUUCCUAUACAAAUAAAAUCUCUUCUCUAAAUGUGGGACUCUCAAAACAUGAAGAGAUGUAAUAAAAAAAAUUAGUUGUGAUUUGAAAGCAUAAAAUGACAAAUGAAUAUUCCAAUAAAGAGUUGUAGUGUAAAUGUUGUAGAGAAAUAUUUGUAAAUAUAGUGAAUAUGUGAUGGGAAAAUAUGAGGAAAAUAAUAUAAUUAUAAAUGCCCGUGGCAGAUACUGGAUUGUUGAUUUCAAGAGGAAAUGCACCUCAUAUUGCAAAUAUAAUAAAAGGGGAUGUAAUUCUAUAUUAAAAUGAAAAAAUGAUUCACUUGCUUUUGCUACGAAAUUUAUGCUUUUAUCAUCCGUUUAUUCAAUCCUCUCAUUUUCUCCUCAUUAUAAUUCCGUGAGUCAUUCAGUAGCAUUUGUUUGGGGAAAUAUCGUGGCUCUUUUAGAACAUAUAAUAUUGUUUUCUUCACAGAGGAGGUUCUCAUUAGCUAAUUCCUUAACUGUUAGUUAAUUCCAUAGAAUUUACAGUAUAUAUAAUAAGAUUAAUUUAACUCUAUAUUGUAGGAAAAAAAAUCACACUAUUGUGUAUAAAAUACCUAUACUACAAAUUAAGGUGAAAUAAUUUAAAAAUACAGAGUAUAUUGAGAGAAA